CUAACGUUAAACGAAAUCCACGAGUUGUACCCACUGACGUUCCUCAAAACUCCGCCCUCGCAUUUAUGUCAAGAAACAUUUCAUUCAAGAGUCGUCGUCACAGCUCCAAAAAACACCGGGGAAUAUAGACAAUUAUUGUGAAGCGGUCAGGCGAUAGGAGUUAACCUGUGUUGGUGUGAAACAUGUUAGAUCCGUCCUCCAGCGAAGACUCGGGGGGAGAAAUUAACGAGGACACUGAAGUUCCAAAAGAACCCCCCAAAAAGCCUGCGACUUCCUCGGGUCAAGGAGGUAAACAUAACAAACGACCACCUGCGGACCAACCACAAGCCGAAAGUUCUCCUGUCGAAGACCAGCAGAAAAAUGAACAGAAAAGACUUCAGAAAGAGGAAGCGGAGAGGAAAAGUAAACUACAGAUGUAUGUAUUUGUGUUGCGAUGUAUAGCAUACCAUUUCAAUGCCAAACAACCCACGGAUAUGGCACGCAGGGAACAGAAGCUGAAUAAGCAGCAGCUGCAGGCAGUAAAGGAUCAUUUCCAGGCCUUCCUGAAUGGGGACACACAGAUCGUGGCGGACGAGGCCUUCUGCAACGCCGUGCGCAGCUACUAUGAGGGGUUCCUGAAGAGCGAGCGGGUGUCCAGGAUGGUGCAGAGUGGCGGCUGCUCGGCCUUCGACUUCCGUGACGUCUUCAAAAAGGACAUUGAGCGGCGGGUGCGCAGCUUGCCCAAAAUCGAUGGCCUGAGCAAAGAGACAGUGCUGAGCUCUUGGAUCGCCAAGUAUGACACCAUCUACAGGGGGGAUGAGGACCUGCGGCGCCAGCCCCAGAGGAUGCCCCUCAGUGCCGUGUCCGAGAUAAUCCUAAGCAAGGAGCAACUGUACGAGAUGUUCCAGCAGAUUCUGGGCAUCAAGAAGUUUGAGCACCAGCUGCUGUACAACGCCUGUCAGCUGGACAAUGUGGACGAGCAGGCAGCCCAGAUCCGCCGGGAGCUGGAUGGAAGACUACAGCUUGCAGAGAGUAUAGCCAGGGAGAGGAAGUACCCCAAGUUUGUGUCCAAAGACAUGGAGGCCAUGUACAUCGAGGAGCUGCGCUCGUCUGUCAACCUGCUCAUGGCUAACCUGGAGAGCCUACCGGUGUCCAAGGGAGGCCCCGACUUCAAACAGAAGCUAAAACGCUCCUCCAUGAACAACUCCUUCCUGGACAUGGGCGACGAGACAGAAUUCCUCUCCAAGUCCGAUGUGGUCCUCUCCUUCACACUGGAGAUAGUGAUAGUGGAAGUGCAGGGCCUGAAGUCGGUGGCCCCUAACAGGAUUGUGUACUGCACCAUGGAGGUGGAGGGAGGAGAGAAACUGCAGACAGACCAGGCAGAAGCCUCCAGACCACAGUGGGACACUCAGGGGGACUUCACGACGACGCACCCGUUACCCAUGGUCAAAGUGAAGCUGUUCACAGAGAGCACGGGGGUACUGGCCCUGGAAGACAAGGAGCUGGGGAGGGUGAUCCUGAACCCCACCACAAAUGGGCCCAAGCAGGCUGAGCUCCACAAGAUGGUGGUGUCCAAGAACAGUCAAGAUGCAGAGCUAAAGAUCAAACUAGCUGUCCGAAUGGACAAACCCCCCAACAUGAAGCACAGCGGGUACCUUUAUGCAUUGGGACAGAGAGUUUGGAAACGUUGGAAAAGAAGAUAUUUCGUUCUUGUCCAGGUCAGCCAAUACACCUUUGCAAUGUGCAGCUACAGAGAGAAGAAGUCUGAGCCCCAUGAACUGAUGCAGCUAGAAGGCUACACUGUGGACUACUCCGACCCCCAGCCUGGUCUCCAGGGUGGUCGAGUGUUCUUCAGUGCGGUCAAGGAGGGUGACUUGGUCGUGUUUGCCAAUGAUGACGAGCAGGACCGAAUGCUGUGGGUUCAGGCCGUGUACCGCGCUACUGGCCAAUCAUACAAACCAAUUCCACCCACCCAGAACCAGAACUGCAGAGCAGGGAACUCCCAGCCAUACGCACCAAUCUCACUGCUCAGUCUGGAUCACUCUCAGAGGCAGGGGGUAGAGGAGCUGAUCUCUGCGGUGCCCUGUCAGUUCGACCACACCGUCUUGUUCCCAAUGCUGCAGAAACAGACCCUACAGCACCGAAUGAAUGACUCCUUCUCCUGCCUGGGAUGGUUCAGUCCAGGUCAGGUGUUUGUGCUGGAUGAGUACUGCGCCCGCUACGGUGUGAGGGGCUGCAACCGCCACCUCAGCUACCUCCGGGAUCUGAUGGAGUACUCUGAGAACAACACCCUGGUCGACCCCACCCUCCUGCAUUACAGCUAUGCCUUCUGCGCCUCCCACAUCCAUGGCAAUAGGCCGGAUGGAAUGGGCACAGUGACUGAGGAAGAGAGAGAACAGUUUGAGGACAUAAGAGGCCGUCUCCUGAGUCUAUUGGACAACCAGAUCAUCCAUUUUAGGUACUGUUUCCCCUUUGGACGACCAGAUGGGGCCCUCAAAGCGACACUCGCCCUGCUAGAAAGGGUUUUGAUGAUGGACAUCACCACACCGGUUCCUCCUGAUGAGAUUAAGAUGGUGGUCCAGAAAUGUCUGGAGAAAGCUGCCCUUAUCAACUACUCCCAGCAGACCGAAUACGCUCAGAUCGAGGCUGAUGCUCAGGCUGCCCCGGAGAAGAGGUUGGAGGACAUGAUGCGACUAGGAGAACUUUGUAUUGAAGUCCUGCAGCAGAAUGAUGAGCACCAUUCAGAGGCCUUCUCGUGGUGGCCGGAGAUGAUGGCGGAGCACGCAGAAACUUUCAUGUCUCUCUACACCGUCGACAUGGAUGGUGCUCUGCAAGUCCAGCCCGUUGACUCAUGGGAUAGCUUCCCCUUAUUCCAGCUGCUUAACAACUUCCUGCGAUGUGACCCUCACCUGUGCAAUGGCAUGUUCCACCAGCACCUGCAAAACCUUUUCAUCCCACUGGUGGUGCGCUACAUCGACGUUAUGGAGUCCUCCAUCGCCCAGUCCAUCCACCGCGGCUUCGAGCAGGAAACCUGGCAGUCCGUCAAGACAAUAACCAACAGCCUACCGAGCGUGCCUCUGCCCAAAGUCAAUCUCCCACAGAUGCCCAGCUUCUCAGCACCCUCCUGGAUGGGCCCACUGUGUGACAGCACUAACGGCUCGGUGACCUCCGAGGACCUCUUCUGGAAGUUGGACGCCCUCCAGAUGUUUGUCCUAGACCUGCACUGGCCCGAGCCUGAGUUUGCCAAACAUCUGGAGCAGAGGCUGAAGCUCAUGGCCAGCGACAUGAUGGAGGCCUUCGUCAAAAGGACGAAAGUGGCCUUCGACUCCAAGAUGCAGAAGGCCAGCAAGUCAACGGACUUCCGGGUGUCGCUGUCGGUGUACACCAUGUUCAACGUGCUCAUGGACGCCAAGAAGCAGUGCUCCAAACUCUGUGUGCUGGACUCUGGUCUAGAGCAACAGUACCAUUCGAAAAUCGACAGCCUGAUCGAUGACACGUUUAAAGACAUGAUUUCCUCCCUGGUCUCAAAGUUUGCUGGAGCUUUAGACACCGUUCUCUCCAAGCUCUCCAGAUAUGACGAAGGGACAUUAUUUUCUUCAAUCCUCUCUUUCACGGUGAAAGCGGCUGCCAAGUAUGUGGAUGUGCCAAAGCCAGGGAUGGACCUGGCUGAUACCUACAUAACGUUUGUGCGGCAGAACCAGGACAUCCUGCGAGACCGCGUCAACGAGGAGAUAUACAUUGAGAAGCUGUUUGACCAAUGGUACACCAGCUCCAUGAAGGCAGUGUGUGUGUGGCUGACAGACAGACUGGACCUGCCGCUUCACAUGUACCAGCUGAAAACACUCAUCAAGAUUGUCAAGAAGACAUACCGAGACUUCCGGCUCCAAGGAGUCCUGGCUAGAACCCUGAACAACAAGAGCUAUGAGACCGUCUACAACCGACUCACCGUGGAGGAGGCUACCGUGGCGGUCAAGGCUGGCGACGGUCUCCAAGGUAUCACCAUGAGAGAUAGUGAUGAGGAGGACGGGUGAACUUUGCCCUAUAGCACCAAGUUAGGUCACCCUCGCAUAUAGACGGAAAUGGGAAGUGUGUACUUGUGUGGAAGGGGUGGAGAUUGUGUGUGUGUGUGUGUGAGACAGAAUGACAUGGAGGGGUUGGAGAACACACACUAAAACGUGUGAUGAAAACAUUCAUCGUUGUGUACCCCCUCUCUCACCCACCCCUAGUACAAUAGUGGGUACCUUCCCAGCCAUAAUGACAUGGUGUCACUUUGUACAGUACAGCUCAGUGGUCACCAACUGGUAACCUUCAUUGGUGCAGUUUGUUUCUACUUUAUUUUAAUGGUGAUGUAGACCAAGAAAAAAGGCAAGUUGUGCUCUUAAGCUUUGUUCACACUGCAGGCCUUAAUGCUCAAAUCAAUUUGGUUUUUCAAGUCCGUUUUGGAAUACUGACUGUCC